AUGGAGGACGAACACAUGGGAUCACCAUCCGGAGGGAGAAAUCCGUCGAUUCCCGCAAAUGCCAAUGGCCAAAUCGGCAAUAAUUUUAAUUAUGCACCCAGGCAGCAUCCCGUGCAACAGCAGCAGCACGGAAAUCCAAUCAUUCGUCCACCUUUGCUUCCAUCAAUCGUCCCGGGAACACAACCUCACUUCCAACAGCAGCAGCAGCAGCAACAACAACAACAACCAUUCCCGCAGUACCAGACGGAUCCGAUGCUUUUGCAGAUUCUGCAACAGAUGCAACAGUUCAUCAUGCAUCAGCAGGAAGUAUCGCAACGUCACUCCAACCUGUCCCAGGAUUACAGACCUCCGUUGGCACCAAACCCGGAACAAAUUUUGGAGUCGUUGAGUACCAACAUCAACGAAUUUCGUUACGAUCCGGAAAGUGGGAUCACUUUUGGUGCUUGGUACUCUCGUUACGACGGUUUGUUUACCGAAGAUGCAGCUCGCCUGAAUGACGAAGCUAAAGUGCGGUUGUUAUUGCGGAAACUCGGUCCGGCUGAGCACGAAAGAUAUUUGAGUUUUAUUUUGCCAGCCUUACCGAGAGAAAUCAAGUUUAGUGAUACUGUGGGGAAGUUGAAAAGUUUGUUCGGAACGGUGGAAUCGUUAAUCUGCCGCCGUUACCGGUGUUUACAAGUUUCAAAGCAGCCCUCUGAAGAUUAUAGGGCCUAUGCUUGUCGCGUGAACCGUCUUUGCAUUGAAUUCGAGCUGGGAAAACUGAGCGAAGACGAGUUCAAGUGUUUGAUAUUUGUGUGUGGAUUGAAGUCGGAUAGUGAUGGGGAAAUCCGCACCCGUCUUUUGAGCCGAAUCGGGGACAACAGUCUCGUGAAGUUGGAGCAGAUUUCCGAUGAGUGCCAAAAACUGAUGACGAUCAAACACGACACUGCGAUGAUCGCCACCCAAUCAGUGUCGACAAAAGUGGUGAAUCGCAAACAAACUUCCAACAAGUGGCCGGAAAGGCAGAAGAAAAACAACCCAGAAGGGGAAAUGAGCAAAAAUUAUAAUAGACAUCAAAAUAAAAACAAUAAAAGUGGGCCAUUCUCUCCUUGCUGGUGUUGUGGUGCCAUGCACUAUGCAAGGGAUUGCACAUACCGCAACCAUCGGUGCAAAGCAUGCGGUGGUUACGGACACAAGGACGGCUACUGUGCAAGUGCUAAAAAGACAAACAGUGAUAAAAGGAAGCUGCCAUCGGCGGCCACAAAAUCAGUGCAAGUGAAAAGUGUCAAACAGCAACGGAAAUACGUCACAGUGCAGAUUUUGGGAACACCAGUGAAACUGCAGUUGGAUACGGCAUCGGAUAUCAGCGUGAUUUCGGAGAAAACUUGGGCAAAAAUCGGGAAGCCGACGACUUCACCGGCGUUAGUGAGAGCAUCCACAGCAUCAGGACAGCCUCUCAAACUCCAAGCUGAAUGCACUUGCGAUAUUGAAGUCAACGGGGUGCGUCGCAGUGCCAAGUUCUUCAUCGUCAAGCAGCCAUUGCAUCUUCUGGGAAUUGAUCUCAUCAAUCUGUUCGACCUGUGGUCAAUUCCCAUGAACCAGUUUUGCAAUCAACUGACAUCGUCCCGUGAUCUUGGGAAUGCCAUCAAGGCCGCAUUUCCGGAAGUUUUCUCGGACGUUCCUGGGCUGUGUACAAAGGCGAAGAUUAAGCUCACUCUCAGGGAUGGCCAGUCAGCUGUAUUCCGUCCGAAACGCCCUGUAGCUUACGCCAUGUACAGUACAGUGGACAAGGAGCUCGAUCGACUGGAACACGCCAACAUCAUCACGCCAGUCGAGUAUUCAGCAUGGGCCGCACCGAUCGUGGUGGUCCGUAAAGCAAGCGGUGCCAUCAGAAUCUGUGGAGAUUACUCUACGGGUUUGAACAACGCGCUUGAAGCAAAUCACAAGCUGGAUUUAUCCGACGCAUUCCUGCAAGUCGAGGUAGAUGAGUCUCCCCGAGAGUUAUUAACCAUCAACACUCAUCGGGGGCUAUAUCGCUACAAUCGACUAUCACCGCGAGUGAAAGCAGCACCUGGAGCAUUCCAGCAACUGGUCGACACCAUGCUGGCCGACCUCAGAAACACCUUGGGGUAUUUGGACGACGUUUUGAUCGGCGGAGCGGAUGAGGAGGAGCAUAACCGCAAUUUGAAGGCAGCUCUUCAACGCUUUCAAGAGUACGGUUUCACCAUCAAGGCUGAAAAGUGUUCCUUCGGUUCGCAGCAGAUAAAGUAUCUGGGGCACCUUAUCGACAAACAUGGUUUGCGCCCGGAUCCGGCAAAAAUCGACGUCAUCCGCAACCUUCCGCCGCCGACAGAUGUGACGGGUGUUCGAUCCUUCCUAGGAGCCAUCAAUUAUUAUGGCCGUUUUGUUCCUGCGAUGCGAACACUGCGUUAUCCACUGGAUGAGCUGCUCAAAGGCAAUAAACAGUUCAACUGGUCAGCCGAUUGCCAAAAAGCGUUCGAUCAGUUCAAAACUAUUCUGGCCUCCGAUCUUCUGUUGACACACUACAGUCCAGAAUUGCCGUUCGUCGUUUCAGCAGACGCUUCAUCGGUAGGUGUCGGCGCUACAAUCAGCCAUAAGUUUCCGGACGGUUCAGUGAAGGUCAUCCAGCAUGCAUCCAGGGCUCUCACUGCAGCCGAACAAGCAUACGGGCAAGCUGACCGUGAAGGUUUGGCGCUUGUUUUCGCCUGCACCAAGUUUCACAAAAUGUUGUACGGUAGAAGUUUCACCCUUCAAACAGACCAUGCUCCUCUGUUACGCAUCUUCGGAUCCAAGAAAGGCAUACCCACCUACACUGCCAACCGCUUGCAACGAUGGGCGUUGCAACUACUGCUGUACAACUUCCACAUCGAAUACAUCAGCACAGACAAGUUUGGAAACGCCGAUGUAUUAUCCCGAUUGAUCAACAACCACAUCAAGCCCGACGAAGAUUAUAUUAUUGCCAGUGUCAACUUAAAAGAAGAUUUGGGAUCCGUAGUAGCCAAUUCCGCUAGACAAAUCCCUCUGAAUUUCAAGGCGAUUCAGGAUGCUACUCAGUCAGAUCCGGUCCUUGGUGAAGUCUUCCGUUUUACCCUGAAUGGCUGGCCUAAGUCCCGAAAAUUGAUUCCCGAUCACGAGGUCCAACGCUUCUUCGACCGCCAAGACUCUUUGUCUAUCGUCCAAGGAUGCGUGAUGUUUGCCGAGCGUAUUGCUAUACCGUCGAAAUUCCGGAGCCAAUGUCUUCAACAGAUGCACAAAGGUCAUCCCGGAAUACAGCGCAUGAAGUCUAUCGCACGAAGUUUCGUGUACUGGCCAUCUUUGGAUGCAGAUAUUGUCAAGUUUUUGAGCUCUUGUAAACCUUGCGCCAUGGUUGCCAAAAGCCCUCCGUUAUCAUCGCCUCAGCCGUGGCCCAAGCCGGAGAAACCGUGGCAGCGUUUACACGUAGAUUAUGCGGGGCCCAUAGAAGGAGACUAUUUCUUGUUGCUGGUCGAUUCUUUUUCUAAAUGGGUGGAGAUAGUCAAGACCAAUUGCACCACAUCAGCAGCUACCAUCGGUAUCUUACGGGGCAUAUUUGCACGCUUUGGAAUGCCGAUAACUUUGGUCAGCGAUAAUGGCUCGCAAUUCACCAGUGCCGAGUUUGCAACCUUUUGUGUCGAAAACGCCAUUCAUCACGUUACAACAGCCCCCUAUCACCCACAAUCAAACGGGCAAGUCGAGCGUUUUGUCGACACUUUCAAACGCUCCUUGCGAAAAAUCCGAGAAGGGAAGGCGACGAUUCAAGAAGCUCUGGAUACAUUUUUGCUAACCUACAGAACAACUCCUAAUCCUGUUACUGGCCAAUCACCUGCGGAUUUAAUAUUUGGGCGACCAAUCCGUACUUGUUUGGAGUUACUUCGACCACCACCGACACCCAACGUUCCGGAGAGGCAACUCGAAGGUAAAGUGCGCUGCUUCAAGCAACAUGAUUCAGUUUAUGCUCAACUUCAUUCCAAAAACACCUGGAGAUGGGCAGCCGGUAUCGUGCUUGAACGUGUUGGUCGAGUCAUGUACAACGUUUGGAUCGAAGACUCCCGAAUGUGUCGAAUUCAUGUGAACCAGAUGAGAAGCCGAUCAUCCAGCGACACGCUCACUCCAGAUGUACCAGUCGAUUCCAAUGACCAAAUGCUACCGUUGGACAUACUUUUGAGGGAGCACAACUUGCAACUACCUUCUGCUCCAUCAAAAACAAAUGUAUCGUCCCAAAGACAUAGUUCGCCGAACGUUUCGAAUCCUGGUGCACCUUCUCAUCAUUCUACGCCUGUACAAGCUUUGCAUCCUGAAAAUAAGGCAUCAUCGCCGAGUAAUGAUGCUUCUUCGUUGUCAGCAUCAGUGCCAUCGUCGUCGUCUCCGUCCUCUACUACCACUACGAGGAACUCGUCCGGUUUCCGGACGGCAAUAGAAACAUUACCAGCUGUGCAGCAACCACGCCGGUCUUCGCGAGUUCGAAGAGCGCCGCAGUGGUUCGAUCCGUACCAGAUAUAUUAA